AUGGGUCUCCAGAACAAGUUAGCCGAUGGUAUCGAUGAGGUAGAUAUUAUCAUCGCUGGUGGUGGCACAGCAGGCUGCAUCAUAGCCGGUCGACUGGCGGAGGCACACCCUGACCUCUCUGUCCUGGUGAUCGAAGGUGGUGCCAAUAACAAAGAUGUUGCCAGCGUUGUGUACCCAGCCUUCUACCUGCAGAACCUUCUGCCGACACAGAAGACUGCACUAUUCUACAAGGGAAAUAAGUCGAAGCAGCUUGCAGACCGCGAGCCAAUCGUACCAUGUGGUGGUACUCUCGGUGGCGGCUCGUCCAUUAACUUCAUGAUGUACACAAGAGCGCAGCGCGAAGACUUUGACUCAUGGAAGGCAGAGGGCUGGUCAGCUGAUGAGAUGCUCGAGCAAAUGAAGAAGCUGGAGACAUACCAUGGGCCUGGCGAAAAGGCACACCACGGCUACAACGGCCCUAUUAACGUCUCAGAUGGUGGCUACCGAGGAAAGACGGCCGAGGAUGAGUUCAUUAGAGCUGCUGGAGAGGUGGGAUAUCCCGAGAUCGAAGAUCUACAAAACCUUGACACCAACAACGGCAUCCAAAGGUGGCAACGAUAUGUUUCUCCCGAGGGAAGGCGUCAGGACACAGCCCACAGGUACAUCCAUCCCAAGCUGGAGGACAAUCAGCACAAAAACCUGCACAUCCUUGUUGAAUCCAAAGUAGUACGCGUGCUCUUCGACGAUGACAAGAAGGCCAUUGGGGUUGAAUACACACCGAACCCAGAGUUCCAGGCAGUUAUCGGGCUCACUGCUCACCCAGUACAGACGGUAAAAGCUCGCAAGCUUGUCGUCGUGACUUGUGGUGCGUGUGGUACACCACCAGUCCUCGAACGCUCGGGUCUUGGUGAUAAGUUGAUCCUCGAGAGAGCUGGCGUCCCAGUCGUCGAGGAACUGCCUGGUGUCGGCAAGGACUACCAAGAUCACCACCUCCUACUCUACCCCUACAGAACAAACCUUGACCCAGAUCAGACCCUCGAUGGGAUCUUGAGCGGGCGUAUGGACGCGACCGAGAUGGUGAAAAAUAAUGACAAGAUGCUCGGAUGGAACGCUAUCGACAUCUCAUCGAAGCUUCGCCCAACCGAGGAGGAAGUCGAUGCCCUUGGCCCAGAGUUCAGAACGGCGUGGGAUCGCGACUUCAAGAAUGCACCAAAUCGGCCAUUGAUGCUGUGUGGUCUUGUGUCGUGCUUCCUUGGUGACCCAUCCUCCGUGCCCGAGGGUCGGUACGUCACGACCGGUACUUACACAGCCUACCCGUACUCGCGCGGGCACAUGCAUAUUACUGGCAAAGGUAUCGAGGACCCUCUGGACUUCGAUGUUGGCUACUUUAAUGACAAGGACGACAUCGAUAUGAAGAAGCAGCUCUGGGCGUACAAGAUGCAGCGUGAGAUUCUGCGACGCGCGAAGUUCUACCGUGGUGAAUUGGCUGCUGGUCAUCCCAAGUUCCCCGAGGGUUCGAAGGUUGCUUGCGCUGAGAUCGAGGAGCCAUUGUCGAAUGUGCAGAACCUCGUCUACUCGCAAGAAGACGAUGCCGCUAUUGAGCAGUGGCUGCGUGAAAAUGUCAACACCACGUGGCACUCAUUGGGCACAUGCAAGAUGGCACCAAGGGAGCAGGAUGGUGUUGUUGAUGCCAGGCUGAAUGUCCAUGGUGUGACUGGCCUCAAGAUUGCGGAUUUGAGUGUCCCCCCGGAGAACGUGGGAGCAAAUACCAACAACACCGCAAUGGUGAUUGGUGAAAAGGCUGCAGAGAUUAUUCUUGCCGAGCUAAGCUCUGCUGGCACUCCGUGA